CUCUUCCUACUGUUGCAAUGCUUUGUCAGCUAUGCCCUUCUCUCCGGUGCUGCCUCCUCCUCCUCCUCCUCUUUCCAUUAGCCUCCAGUUCUGCUUCUAAUGGGGACACAGUGGUCACAACCAGCAGUGGCCCUAUUAAGGGCAAGCAGUUCCUGGCUGGCUCUGGAUCUGUGACAGCCUAUCUAGGCAUUCCUUAUGCUGAGCAUCCCCUGGGGAAGUUGCGCUUCCAGAAACCUCUUCCACAUCAGCCAUGGACUCAAACUUUGGAGGCCACCAGCUUUGGCAAUUCCUGUCUUCAAUUUAUUUUCCGGGAUGUCCCUGAAGCAGAGACAUUUACUCCUAAAACACCACUUUCAGAAGAUUGCCUUUCCCUCAACAUCUGGGUGCCCCACCCACAACGUCCUUCACCAGUGCCUGUUUUGGUCUGGAUACACGGAGGGGGAUAUUUCAUGGGCUCAUCUUCUCUGGACAUAUACAACGGGGCCUCCUUAGCUGCCACUGAGAAUGUCAUUGUGGUCUCCAUCAAUUAUCGCCUGGGAGCCCUAGGCUUUCUUUACUUGCCAGAAGCUGCUCCAGGGAACCUAGGCUUAUGGGACCAACAGCUGGCCCUGAAGUGGAUAAAAGAGAAUGCAGCUGCCUUUGGGGGAGACCCUUUCCCCAAAGGCAUUUUUGGCGAGAGUGCUGGAGGAUCUUCUGUGAAUUUCCAUCUUCUUGCGCCAAAAAGCCAGGACCUUUUUGCCCAAGCAGUGAUCCAGAGUGGAACAGCCAAUGCUUUCUGGUCUUGGAAGUAG